AUGUUACAACAAGCUAAAAGCUCUACCUCGAGAAGCUUAUAUCGGGGAUCCGAAGUGUCAUUUUCCGAGCGCUCAUCGAAAGCAUAUUUUCGAGCACUCGAAAUACCCCUCAAACAACCGAUUGGGAAUGCAAAAGACAUUUGGGGACCACAACCUCAAUGUAUCAUAUGCGAAUAUUUGCAAACCGGCCUAUGUGAUAAAAAUAAUAAUUCUUGUUAUUGUUUUGCAAAUAAAACGAUUACAUAUGAGCCACCAUACUGCGAGAAUUCAACGGAAUCAUCAUUACAAUCUGCUGCGUCAACAAAUUGGCCGCUGAUAAUCGGUAUCAUUAGUGGUAUUGCAGGUUUAGUGCUUAUCACUGUAUUAUGUAUGUUUUUCAUUUUCAGACAAAAGACAUCUUACAGACCUAUAUGGCGUAUUCCACGUGCAAAACUUCCAACAGUCGGCAGCAUGAUACCUCUUGACAAAGAAGGUUUUACUAAUAUCGAACGUGAUAGUGAUAAUGAGUCAUCGAAUCUAUCAGCCCAACAACCGACUUCAUCCACCUAUCGUACUAUGGAUGACAGUAAACAAACCAUGGGAACAAUUGAUAGUGAGUUUUUUAAAAAUUUAGAAAACAUUUCAUUAAUGAAUAAUUCAAUACCACGUUCACAAAUUUCAUUUACAAUCGAUACAUUGAAUAAUUUACCAGUGAAAAAUAAUAUAACUUCAGAUACAUUUUCAGAUUUCGACGAUUUCGGUGAAAUCGAAUUUAUUGCCAACAUGCUUGAUGAUAUGACCAAAAACGAUAAUCAAAAUGACGAGUUUGUGGAAGCGCUUAACCCUAUUUUUGCAAUACCACGAGCAAAUCUGACGCCAAAACCAACUAAACUCUUCUCGGUAAGCUCAUGA